UGCAAUCCUUUACCUGAAUGAAGACUUCCAAGGGGGAAAUCUCUUCUUCACUGAGAUGGAUGCUGUCACCCUUACAGCUCAAGUGCGCCCUAAAUGCGGGAGGCUGGUGGCCUUCAGCUCUGGUGAAGAGAAUCCCCAUGGCGUGUGGGCUGUGACCCGUGGGAGGCGCUGCGCUAUCGCCCUCUGGUAUACCCUAUCUCAGGAGCAUGAGGAGCAGGAACGGGGUCAAGCAGAAAAGCUGAUGAGACAGAAAGAAGCAGAGCAGGAACAGUCACAUCAAGAAGACACGAAGGACAACAAUUUUGAACCUAAAAGUGGGGAUUCACCAGAGCCUCCUGCUCCAAAGGGAAGAGCUAGAUCCACAAGCCGAAAUAUUAAAUUGGACUCUAAGUCUGGAGUGAAAUCCAGGAGGCUGAGAGUCAGAGAUGAGUUCUGAUCACAUUCAGUGCAACCUGGUCUUUUGCAGCUGCUCUUGAGUGACUUUGACAAGUGGGCAGCCUGAGAAGUUUUGCAACUCCUGAGUUAAAGAGUUGCUUCUUUAUGGCUCACAAAGUAUGAAUCAGAGAGUGAUACUCCUGGACUUCAUCUACUAUUUAAACCCGAAUAUCAUGAUGUCCCAAUAAAGAUGCCAAGCUUGUAAACUAAUGUAACAUUAUAGCUAAAACAGACUGAGACACAAAUCUUCUGUUCAGAUCAGUCAUAUUAACAGAGGGCACUAGUUCCUCUCAUUCAGAAGCCUUCAUCUGCAAUAUAGACAUGUUAAUACAGAUCGACCAUUACAGGGCUCUUCUGAGUGGAACAGGGAUAAUAUAAAAUGUACUUGUACCCUAUUUCCCUUAAAAUAAGACCUCCCCAGAUAAUAAGCCCAAUUGGGCUUUUGAGUACAUGCACUAA